UUCUCGUCAUCAUGCUUUUGCUUGUUUCUCAGUAUGUUUUAUAUUAAGUAUAUUUAUACCUGUCCUUCCUCUUGCUUUCCAAAGUAGAUACUGUAGAUACGUUGGUCUCGCAUGUGUCAGUCGAGGAGCUGAGCUAAAUACGGAGCUUUGAAUUCGCGAAAUAUUUAUCAAUUUGUGGAAAAAUGAAGUUAAUUUUGUAUUUGUUGACAUAUUCGUGUUCUUAAUUGUGAAGAUGACGUUGUUAUAUUUCAAGUAAAAUUGUUAAGAUACCUACUUACGUAUUAACCACAUAGAUAGAUCGCAAUCUAAAGACAUUCCAACCAGUUCGCAGCAAUAGAAGUCCCCUACGGAAAUUUGGACAUGGAUAAUUCAUCAGAAAAACUGUUCGUAUUCGACGAAUCUGUACCAACGUUACAGAAGAUGGCCAGUCACAAGGCGGCUCUGCAAUUAUGGCAUCAUUACCUCAGUCGACGUGCAAAAUGUAGAAAAAUACAAGAGCCAACGAACUUUUUCGAGACCGUUUUUAAUCUGGAAGAAAACUACGAAAGUGAAUCAAAAAAAUUGGCAGAAUUAUUGAGAACACCUCGACGCAUCGAAGAAAUGUUGAAAAAACCUUUGAAGAAAAUUUGUACCGAAACAGAACAGUGGAUAAAUCAUUUCAAAUAUAAGAUCUUCACGGAUGGAAUGUCCAGGUAUUGUCCCAGUAAUUUCGAUGCGAAUCUCAUCGUUUGGCGGCCAAAUGGUGAGAUUGAUGGCAAAAGAAGCACUUCGAAGAUGUUGGCUGAUGGAAAAUUGAACAUCGAGCAGAAGUUCGUUUUAAUGUGUUCGUACGGUAUGGGUACAGAAUUGGAAAGAUUUCCCAUAAACGCUCUCCCAGAGUAUUUUUGCUUGCUGGGAAUUACGGAUUUGAAAGUCGCGUAUUGGAUUUCUUAUCAUAGACUCGAUUUGCGUGAGAUGUGGCUUAAAAUGCCAGAUGUUAUUCGUUCCGAAGAUACUUCGUUCAAUGUCACUAUGGCCAUGGAGUCUGUCAAAUUUCCGUAUGCUUUCGAGUAUUUUUGGAAACGUCUGAGUGAAGCGGAACAAUUAGCGGUUGCUGAAAGAAUCUCGCUUUGCUCGCAGUCGAAGGAACUUCGAAAAAUCAUGCUAUCUACGAUGUCCUACUCUCAACAACUUCAGCUAGUCGACCAUAUUCCUGUAAAAUUAAUGACGAUGUUUUCCCUCACUGGUAAUUUCACGCUCGUAUGGUCCGUCAAACACUGUAUGCCAGAUAAUGUUUUUGUAGUGUGGACCCUCGUAAAAGAUCGAAUUACAGAGCGAGAAUUUGAAAUAUUUCUAGAUAACGUACUGAGCGAGGAGGCGAUGUCUUGUGAAAAGUACAUGAUUAUGUUGAACAACAUUUGGGAUACAGCUUCUGAUCGCCUUAAGAGACACAUGGCCGAACACGAUCCUACCAUUAUAUUUGACAAUUUCACCUUCACGUUUUGCGAGCCGUUUCCGCCGAGCAGUUACAGAUUUGUCAUGAAAUUUUUAUUAUUGCUGGACGAACGUACCAGAAAAGCCUUGUUUUGGCCGAGGUUCGAGGAUCAUGCAGAUCUCGUAGCUCGGAAGCGGGACACCGACAUGUGGAACUUAUGUUUACCAAAAGAAUCUGAUCGGUUGCAGCUCAAGGAUUGGGUCAUGAAGUCGUCCGGUAUGAUCGCUUAUUGCGCAGAGAAAUUGAAUGAUCUGGAAUUCGAUGAAAUAAUCGACGCGGUAGCGUUUUUUUCGCGGAAUGCUCGUGACAGUCGUAAAUUCUUCAAGAAGUUACUGGAGUCUGAAGAACUUGAACGUUAUGCGGAAACAUUCAUCCUGGAUUAUGAAAACUGGAACAAGUUGAGUAAAUUUAUCGAGACCGUUUUCAAAAACUAUUCAUUAACCAUAUCAAGGCUAAAGAAACAGGUAGUUAACUCGUUUUCCGCUCGUGCUGUUGAUUGUUGGGGCAAGAAAGAAAAUUUCGACGUGCUGGUUAAAAUAACCGAACAAGUUUUCUCGGCCGAAGAGAUGAAAACGUUUAAGCAAACAUUGUUGAAGCAUUUCCAGGAAAUAUUGUCGCAGAAUUGGUCAUCUUUAGAAGGAAAAUGUUUCAACACGUUUAUAUCCUGGUGUUCUGAAGAUGAAAGCCGAACUAUCGAUCUCAAGAAUAUCGUCCCAAUUGAUGCAUUUUUCGACGACACUUUUCGUACUAUCUGCUCUUCACCCAAUGAGAAUUUCGAAUAUUUGCUUAAGCAGCUGGAUAAGUUAUUAAAUGUUUGCGUCAGUGAUGAAGAAGUUGAGUUGAUGAAAAUACGUAAAUAUUUCGAACGUGAUCAGUAUUGGAUUGGUCAAGUUGAGCAAAUUUUUCAUGGUGAAGAUCGACGCACGAUUUUAAACUGGUUUUUCAGUGUUUAAAAUUGAGAAAUACCUAUAUUCAAAUAUCUGUUCGGCGAGUUGGAAGCAGCAAUGAUCUAGUCGGUGUUAUGUACUUUGAAUGAAUUUUUUGUUAUCUUUUUCGAAUUGUAUAAGAUGUUAUAUUUAUAUUGAUUUUUUUGCGUUAUUACCUACCAGGUUACCUAUUUAUUAUUGUUCGUACGCAUUUGUUUCAUUGGUUAUUUUUUUGUGAGUUAUUGUUCUUCUACCUGUUUUGUUUUUCAAAUAAAGUUAAUGGUUAAUGUU